CACAAGUUUUGUGAGAGUCUUAACAACCAUAACACCUACAACCACAACAAGUUAUUUAAACGGUCAACAUCGAUAACAACAACAAAGUCAGCAAUAACACGUCGGCGUUUCUUUUGUUUAUCAAGAGCAAAAAAAAAGUGGAAAAGUUUAAUUAGCGCGCUAAGCGACAACGACGCCGCCGCGGCCUAAAAAGCUUCUUAUAACGUCUCAGUCACAAAUCGAAGGCUCUCCCAGUUUUCCUUCUUGCCUUUUAUUACGUGUGCGUGCCAAAAUACGUCAUCGACGCGCGCAGCGAAAAGUGCGAAGCAACAGCAACGACAACAAUAACAACAGUAGCAAACGGCAGCCAUUGAAAGCUUCUGAGUGGGCAGCUCACACACACAUACAGGCAGAUAAAUGUAUUAAAGCAUAGAAGCAUUUAUUGUACAUAAAGAGCUAUUGAAUUGAAUUCAAUUGCAACUACAAACGCGCGAGCAAUCAACAUAAAUCGAGGAAAAUUUCGCUCUGUUUGAAAUAAUUAAUUUGUUAUUGUCAACGACGACGGCGACGUCGACGACAUUCACAGUGAAACGCAACAAAAGCCAAGUCAGGCGCGCAACACGUGUGUGCGAGUGAGACGACAGCAGUGUUGUACACCAUACCCAGCGAGUGCAAGUGAAAUACGCAUUUUAUACGUAAAAAAAAACGGAACGUAGAACACAGCAGAAAGGGAAAAACAAAAGAAGGCAGAGGCAGUAAUCAAAAUAGCAGCAGAUAAGAAAACGUGCAAAAACAGCUGUGCAGCAGAAGCAAAGUGCAUCAACAAUAAGAAAACAAAACCCUUAUAAAUGGACACAAAGCAGCAACGGCAUCAGCUACAACAACGAUAACAACAGCAAUCAAAAUUCAAACGCAGCGCGCGCACUUUGUUGUCAAUUAGCGAAGCAGCAUAACGUCAGCGUAGGCAGAAGCAGCAACGUCGCAGCCGCAGACACAGCAUCCCAUCAACAACAGACAGCAGGCAAUCAGCUUGAUCAGCAGCAGUCGCAGCAGCGCAGUAGCAGUCGCAGUCGCAAUCGCAUCGUUGUUGUUCGACGUCGUCGUCGUUGUCCCGUUCGUUCGUAAUCAGCACAGUCAGUGUGUUGUUGUUUCGUCUCGUCUCGUCUCGUUUGUAGUCGUCGUCGGCUCAAUAGCUCGGCUCGGUCUUGCGUUUUGGGGCUGCUCUGCUGCUUGUGUGUGUUUAAUUCGGAAACUGAAUCUGAAACUGUAUCUGUAGUUUCCCGCUAACGGCGAAUAUUCUCACAACUCAUUGAUAUUUUAACCUCGUGUCGUCCGUGUUGGUUGCUGCCGCUCGACCAAGGUUCUGGCCACACAAAAUGCUCGUCUCUUUGGGCUUUUCGAAGCCUCGCUUCGUCGGAUUAAAAGUGCUCCUAUAGCGCGAAGUUAAAAAACCGGCGCAAACAACCAACAAAAAGAAAACAAACUGAGGAAACCAACAAGAAUUGGCAAACAAUCGAAAAAAUAUUAAACGAUAUUCAAAUCAAUGAGCCAAAGUUAAUAAAAAAUAUUGAAUCGAGUAAAUCAAACAUUGCGCGCAAACAAACAACAAGAAAUAAAUCGACUAAACAAACAAAGCAGAUCAUUUUCAUUUCGUGGUUGUUAAUUUGAUUAAACCGAUAAUAUUAUACAAAAUUUGUGCAAUUAGCAUUAUAACUCGAAAACUCGUUUUCGAAAUCCAAAAAGAAAAAAAGUUUGAACGCGACCACCAAUCUCAAAUAAAAACUUUAUUAUAUUAUUAGUGUAGCCAACUGACCAACACACACACACACAUAAAACUAACUUAACAACAGCAGAGAUAACACAGACAAAUACUCUCUAGCACUCACUUAGACACAAAUAAGGCUUUCGAAACUUUAUCAGUUCUUUAUUGUGUUGUGUUGUGUUCACAUUAAUACCAAUGCACCAAACACCGAACGGCUUCUAUAAAUAACACCCAUACAGUGACAAAAACGACAGCUGCUCUUCUCUCUUUCGUCCAUGUGAGCGCGCAGCGAUUAAACUUAAAGCAAAAAGAGCAAAAAGCAGCAGCAGCAGCGGCAACAACAACGAAAAAUUAUUAGCAAAGCUUUGCCGUGAUUUUUACACUCAGCGGGGAAACAGAAUAAAACUGAAACGCGUCUGGAAUAGUUGUGUCUACGGUGUCUCUUGGCAAUCUUGGCAAAAAAAUAAUAUAUAUAUCUACAAAAAAUAAUUCGUAUAUAUUUGCGCAUUAGUGUGACGAAAAAGUGUUAAUAACAACAAGCAAAAAAAGCGAGAAAAAGAUUGUGAAAAACGCAACAGCAAUAGCAAACAAAUGAACAUUUUGUUUAUUAACAUUCUAUUAGCCAUCGAGAACUCUGUGUUUUAAUCAUAAUGUCUGCCUUGUGACAGUGCCUGAACUAUCAACAACAACAAAAUCAUCGUCUAUAUCGUCUAUAUAUACACACAAAUAAAUAUUGUAUAUAUAUACACAUAUUGUGGAAGUCGUACAAGUGCCAAAACUAUUUGGUUACCAACUAAUUAGAAUGUCAAAUAUCUGACAGCGUGCCACAUACAAACAAAUCAUACAAAAAAAACUUUAAAAUAACAACAAGAACUUUCAAGUCGUGCUUUUCAAGGAGCUUUUCCCUCAACUGAUUAAACAAAAUAUUUAAUUCUUGCAACGGUUUCAAACAUAAGUGCGCUAGAAUGUUUGCAUCAAUCUGACAGCGGUUUAAAAGCCCCAAAAGCAAAAACCAGAUCCAGAUCAACACAUCAAAGGAUUAAUCCAAUCAAGUGCACGAUCGUUUCGUUCCCUUGCUUCAAAGAAAGGAGACAGUAACGAAGCAGCAGAAGCAACAGCCGCGAAAAAAGGCGAAGAAAAAGACGAAAGCUUUUGAAAACUUUCAAAUUUUGUGCAUCCCCAAAGUACAGAAACUUAACGAUAAAUGGAGAAAUCUGAAAUACGACUGCAACGCAUGUCAAAUGAAUAUCAAUCGCAAUCGAGCUAUAUGUAUCUGAGGAACAAAAUGCUGUUAAAAAUUGAAAACACUCUACUUCGAAGCCAUCGUCAGCGUGAGACCACUGGGAUUAAGAAACUAUACAAUUCGUUUUUUUGUGCUCUUUUAAUUUUGCACGCGUUUUCCGCCCCCGAAGACAACGCACAACGAAUUUCUUAUCAAUUCAAAGCAUUAAUAGUUACAAAAAAAGAUUCAAGUUGUAAAAAGAAAGCAAAACUAUAG